UUGUACGAGUAUUUGCCAUGGUGUUACCGGCUGCCUCGACAUUAUGCAAUGUAUUUACAUUUCUGCUGGCUGGUUCGCCAAUUUUCUACAGCGCCGCUCCGCGUGGAUCCUGCUCCACUUGCUGUGCCAUUAAGGAGCGCGAGGACAUAAAGUUCAUGCUGUACACCAGCCGGAACCGCAAUUCCGCACAACUGCUCCACCUGAGCGACGAUGCCCGGCUGGCACAGAGCAAUUUCAAUUUCAAUUACCCGCUGGCCAUCUAUCUGCACGGCUUCUCGGAAUCGGCCACCGGCGAACGCCAGAGCAGCCAGGAGCUAAAGGACGCGUUUCUCAGGAGGGGCAACUACAAUGUCAUCCUCAUCGACUGGAGCGCGAUGACAGCGGUGCCCUGGUACUCGAAUGCCGUGGAGAAUCUGCCGGUGUCGGGUCGCUAUUUGGCCAGGUUCCUGCGAUUCCUGGUGGACAAGGGUUACCCGGCGAAGUACAUCCACCUAAUUGGCUUCAGUCUGGGCGCCGAGGUGGCCGGUUUCGCUGGCAAGCAGCUGCAGGAGUGGGGCAUCAAGCUGCCCAGGAUAACCGCUCUCGAUCCAGCUCUACCACUCUUCGAGGGCAACAGCUCCAAUCGCCGCCUGAGUCCCAGCGACGCCAGGUUCGUGGAUGUCAUCCACACCGAUGGCGGCCUCCUGGGCAACCCAGCGCCCAUGGGUCACGCAGACUUCUAUCCGAAUGGGGGACGACCCCUGCAGCCGGGUUGCGCCAGACAGAAUAUUGCCAACAACUGGCUGGGAAUCAUUGUCGGCUGCAGCCACCAGCGUGCCUGGGAAUACUUCGUGGAGAGCAUAGCCCAGCCCCGAGGCUUUCCCGCCCAGCGUUGCGAGCCCUCCGAAAUGUUCGGCAUCUGCCGUGAGCCAGGAGGCGGCCCCGCCUACAUGGGCAUGGGGGCGGAUCCCAGGAUUCGUGGCAAAUUCUAUCUGGAUACGAACGAUGCCAAGCCGUUUGGGAGGAGCAGCCGGGCGAGGGCAAUUGUCUCGCUGGCUCCUCGGCUGCCUAUUGCCUACAAAUUGCCACCUAAUGCCACCAGACAGCCAUCUGUCAGUCGGUGGGCCAUUGGCCAAAAGCAGGAGCAGGACGACAAGGACUUGGACGUGGACGUGGACGAGGACAACAACGCGCUGAGCAACAACAUUGACAGGUUCUCACUGACGUGAUGGAAUUUGCACGAUAUUCGAAG